GCCGCGUUCGAGUAGCAAACAAACAGCGGAGGAAAAAAUCCCGUAACGGUGGACUCGACUUAAAAAAACAUAAAAAAAAAUAAAAACGGAUGGCAAGUGUUUGUGGGCCGCGGCUCUCCCCCCGCGGUCCGAGUCUUGGGUUAUAGACAGGGAGCGGCGCUUACAAAAAAAAGACGAGGUGGAGGUGGGACGUGGCCAGACUGAGGAACCGGUGGCUUUAAAGUCUGAGACGAAACGACGAAGCGAUGGCGAUCGGUCGCACUGCGAGGGCCGUUUGGCGUCCGUCACCGAGCUGCGGGUGAAAACGGUCAUGUAGCUGCCGCCCCGUUUUCUGUGGGGACGAGCCGUUUUGAACGUUACUAGCGGCAGCGACGACGACGACAGCUCUCAUGGACUCAUCGUCGUCGGUAGCGCUGCGAAGGAGGUUGGAGAUCCGGAGUUCUGGUCCUGGUCCUGGUCCUGGUCCUGGUCUUGGUCUUGGUCACGGUUCUGGUCCGCGCCUGAACGGCUGCGUGCCGCUUUCCCACCAGGUGGCUGGCCACAAGUACGGCGUGGACAAAGUAGGUAUUCUGCAGCAUCCGGAUGGCACAGUCCUGAAACAGCUCCAGCCGCCUCCCAGAGGACCCAGAGAGAUGCAGUUCUACAGCAUGGUUUAUGCAGAAGACUGCCAUGACCCCUGCCUCCUCACCCUGCAGCAGCAUCUUCCCAAAUUCUUUGGCACCUGGUCUUCUCCUGACAGCCCCACAGACCUGUACCUGAAGCUGGAGGACGUGACUCGCAGAUUCCAGAAGCCCUGCAUCAUGGAUGUGAAGAUCGGCCAGCGGAGCUAUGACCCGUUCGCCUCGCAGGAGAAGCGCGAACAGCAGAUCAGGAAGUACCCGCUGAUGGAGGAGAUAGGCUUCCUGGUGCUUGGGAUGAGGGUGUACAACGUGGGCUCGGACAGCUUCGACUCAUAUGAUCAGCAUUAUGGAAGAGGUCUUGUGAAGGAGACCAUCAAAGACGGAUUAUCCAAGUUCUUCUUCAAUGGAGAUGUUCUCCGCAAAGACGCCAUCACUGCCAGCAUCAUAAAAGUCCAGAAGAUCCUCCUUUGGUUUGAGGGCCAGAGCCAGCUGAACUUUUAUGCAAGCUCUUUGCUCUUUGUAUAUGACGGGGUUCCCUCCGCCAGCCCCCGUAUGCUCAGCCCAGAAGAGAAGACCACAGCUCGGACCCUUGAGAAGAUUGACGGAGUGCUGGAGUACAACAACAACAUCGACCAGAGCCUCUCCACCAUGUACUCCCUGCACAAGAAGGGCUGCACCAGUAGCCAUCACCAGGCCAAACAGGACAACAGCAAGUGGCAGCCCAACGGCAACCGCAGCCCAAUUCAGCUGGAAGCCAAAGGUCAGGACAAGCCAGGAGAAGCUGACCUGUCAGCUGCAGAUGUGGAGGUGAGGAUGAUAGACUUUGCCCAUGUUUUCCCAAGUGAGGUCCAGGACCACGGCUACAUCUAUGGCCUGAGGAACCUACUGAAGGUGCUCCAGGAGAUCCUAGAGAACUGAAAGGUUCUUCUUACACUUUCAUCCAUAGAGAUGCUCAUCUCAUCCUAGAGCAGUGGUUCUCAAUUCCACUUCUUGAGUACCCCACUGCCCUGCACAGUUUCAAGUAUUCUUAUGGUUCCCACAGUGUUGGUAGACCUACAGCGGUGGUUCUUAAACUGGUCCUUGCCCCCCCCCCACCAAUGGUCCACAUUUUUACAUGAUCCCAACUCCCAACACAUAAGGACAGAGUAAAAAUAUGGACUGUUUGGGUCCUUAAUGACUGAAUUUGAGAACCAAUGACCUAGUAAAUCUGUACAUUAAAAAAAUCCAAGAUAAAAAAAGGAUUACAGUAAAAUCUAUGAAAAAAAUAGGAAAAAUAUGCAAUUUUAUUUUCUGUUCUAAUGAGAUUUGUUUUUAAAUUAUGUUGUUAUUUAUGGUACGAAUGUCCAAAUUCAGAUUGACAGUAGGUUACAAUGAGGUUACGUGGUAAUGAGUCCUUUAGUGUUAAUUUUCUUAGUAACAUGCUUGACGUGAAGUCACCAGAUUGUUACUUUUAGCAACAUUAGCCCAUAUUUAUCAGAAUUGGCUUUUAUCAGUUUAUGUAAAUUUGUUCUAUUAAAGGUGCAAGCUGAUUCCAGGUUAGGUAGUUUGAUAAAGUGUGUCACUUUAGCAACGGGGCUUGUUGCUUUAGCAGCAGUUGCUAUUUUAGCAACUUCUGCUGAAGUGCGGGUAGUUCAAAUUAAAAGAACACUUGCUCAACGCUUUCACGGUUGCACCAUACUUCAGGUAAAUAUAAAAAUCUGCUUUCAUUGAAGUCAUGACAUUUUUAAAGUGGGUCUUUUAGAAGUCAAGUGUGUUGGGGCAGGGAAUACCUCAAACUGUGCAGGGUUUGAAGACCACUGUCCUAGAUGAAUGCUCUGAGGUUCAUAAAGGGGGGGGAGAUGUAGCUACUCACAAACUUCUUCCCCUUCCAAGCCCUCUAUUCUGCACUACCUGGACUAGCAAAACCUUUGUCUGAUAUACAUGUGCUUGGUCCUUUUAACAGCCACAUACAGUUUCUGUAUUUUACUCAGGUAAACUGAUAUUCAUCCCAGAAAAAGGAGAAAUGUAUCUAAGACACCUUAGACACUGUCUUAACACUCUCUCUGUUUUGCUUCAGUGCGCAACUACAUAUAUUUGGCUCGUAUUUGCAGAUAUGACACAAGGUAUUUGUUUUUCAUGUUAUUAUUUUAAUAGAUGUAACAUUGUUUUAAGUGACUUUGUUCAGUAGGAAUAAGGUUUUACGAGUACAUAUUUGUCAAUAUUUCUUUAAUAUUCGCUGCCAAAAUUAACCCUGCCUGUCAGUGACGUUUUGUGAUUUCUGAACUUUGUGAUUUUUGAUCUAAACCUACACAAAAUUUCCCCAUGUAAAUAGGAUACGAAUUAUGUUUUGUGCUUACCGAUGCAAUAUGCAGAGGCGUGAUGACAAUGACAAGCAAAUAGAACGGGAGUGGAAAUCUUUAUUGAGGUUUAGAAAUCGUUCAGUCCAUUGACGAUCUGCCCCCCUUGUCAUGAUUGAGUGCCUGCGAAGGCUGACAGAAUGCCAUCUAUUGCUGAAGAGUGACCGAUGGCUCACACAUCUGCUUAAGUUUAUAUUCAUUCAUUCUGGCAGGAUUUGAGUGCAUUUUUAAUAAUGCUGUAUCAGCUGAUAAAGUGUCUUCUUGAGUGUGAUUGGAAAGAAGGAAGCUUUAUUUUGAGCAUAACAAUGCUAUUGAUUUCAACAAGAGAGGCUGAAACUACCAUAGGAAUGUUGAUCAUAAAAAAGAGCCAUAGACUGAGAGAGAGAGAGGGAGAGAGAGAAUGCUUGCAAGCGAAUGAACUAUAUUUAUUCUCAAAAUCAAGAGAACAAUCUCAGAUGUGUCAUUAUUUUUGUUUCGUUUUUGUUUUGUUCCUCAUUAGUCAUUGGCUACAUAUUUUUCUUUGUUUUUUAACAUUCAAACUUAACCAUAGCCUUGCCCAUAACCGUUUUCUAUCUUUUUAUACAUGCAUGUUGUUUAAUAGCAGUCCUCAACUUGAAAUGUAUUUAUAUUGGCAAGAAUUCUUUUUACCUCUUUUUUUAAACCUAUAGGGCAUUGCAAGUUUUAUCUCAUGUACAGUACACUGCAAACGUUAAAGACCACUUUUCAUUUAUUUAUUAUUCCAUUAAGGGAAAAAAAAAGCAAAAAAAUAUAUUUAACGGACUUGCUUUCAGUUUUUGAGUUCAGUCUUAGAAGUUGGUUGCAUUUUCUGCUUUGCUCAGUCAAAGUAAUCCCAAACACAUUCAGUGAUAUUGAGGUCUGGACUCUGCACAGUCCAUUGUCCUGAGAACACUAGCAGCUUAUUUUUUUCACUGGCAUUUUUAUUGUCUCUUUCCUUUUCUUAGUAACAGCUAUAACAGCUGCACAUCCUUUCAAACCCAGAGCAUUCAGUUGCCUUCUCAGUUUGGAAAGAUAGAUAGCAAUACCUGUGGAUUUUUUUCAGAUUUGAAGCAAGAGUGGAGCUUCAUUUUUUUCUAACUCUCCAUGAUGAAAGCUUUAAGUACUGUUUAUCUGAUUGUGACAGUUUUGAGGAGUGCCAUUUUCUCUAUAUCUUUCAACCUCCAGUUUUGGAGACUUGUACUCAGUGGCUGUUUUGACAGGAAAUUUAAAUAAAUGAAGGGUGGUCUCUGAAUUUUGCACAGUACUGUAAGUGCAUUAUCACUGUACACGCUCACAUACUUACAAUUCCAUGUACUUUAUUACUCAUCUCAGUACUGUUUAGUUAUUACUAGGGCUGUCACUGAUUAUUCGACUAAAUUUCUUGCUGAAUAGGCAGCGAUUAAUUGGCAGAUUUUAAAUUCUCUAACUCAGUGUUUCCCAAACCGGUCCGCAGGCCCCCAAGACGGUCCAUAUUUUUCUCUAUCCUAUCGUUUGGAAAACGCUGCUCUAACUGGUCUCUCCUACAGUAAAAAAAACAGCUUUAUGGGCACAUCCAUUGAUAUGUUUGUGCAUUUGGAAUAUUUGAAAGGCUAUGCUGUUUAUACUUACAUAAACAGUAGUGGCAGCCCUAGUUCCUACUCAGUUUAUUAAAGAAAUCAGGAAAGUAUUGUUUUAUUUCAUGUAUUGCUUUUCAAAAUAUGUAUGUAUGUCUCAUGACUUUGUCUUAUGCUGAAAGACUGCCGCUAGCUAUGAAAUUGUUUUAACAUUCCCAUUCAUUUGAGCCCCCUUUGAAGCUCUCUGUUUGUCCCUGAAGAGGAAAGCCUAGCGUAGAAGGAAAAAACAUAUGGAAUUGCAUGUCUUUGGGCAAAGUCAAAACUACCUGUGUAUGUAAUUCCCUGGCUUGUCUAGCUCUCAGGAACAUGUUAACUUCAAAGCAUUUGAUAAGACAACGAUGUAUGCAAAGACUCGAAACAAACAGGCUGUCCCAUAUCGUGGCUGUCUUCAGCCAGUUAAAACCAGCUGCGUUUGCUAUGUAGCAUGGUCAGUGAAGCAUCUCGCUUGCAUUCCAUAUGUAUUUGGGCUGGUUGUAAAUGUAGUUAUGUUAUACCAUAAUGCCCAUUUUAUUUUAGUUUUUUAUUUCAUGCACUGAAGAAAGUGGAAAUACUGUAUGAUGUAACGAUGUGCAUCAACCCUUCUGCUGUGAACUAAUGCAUUCUUCUCAAAUUUGUUUUGGAUCUUUUAUUUUGGAUUUAUAAUGUUUUAUAAUGCUAAUGUGUUUCUAACUGCACCUGACUGGAAGUUGUGGUGGUGCUCAAGGCACUUUAAUGAUACUCUAGACUGGAGUUUGCCCAUGAAACAGGUAAAUUUGAACUAACUGUAAGGGCAUCUUACACCUUAAAUAUUUCUUCAAGUUUAUUCUCAUGUUUUUCAACAAGUGGUUUUGAUCUCAUUUUUUUUCUGUGACAAAUAAGACGAAUUUUUGCUAUGUGCAUUCUUACUAAGAGUCAGGGUAAAUUUGAAUAUGAUGGAAUAUGAUAUGUAUCCUUAAACCUUUCUCUGCUGUCCUGUCUCCUGGAAUAUGCAGGCUAGUUUCAGUAGAGUCUGAAUAUUGGCCAAUGUCUCUUUGAUCCCAAUUACUGUAAUGGGUUAACCCAUGAAGCCAUGAAGUGGCAGCGUUGGGGUAAAUAAAACCUAGGACUCAACAGCCACUAUUAUUACUGCAUCCAAAUGUUCUUUGUGUUUUGUUAUUGAUGUAUUCAUACUCCUCCCACAAAUGCAUUCUUUUGUAGCAAAUAUAAGAAAUUGUAGCUAGGGAUGAUAUCUGCAAUCUAUUGGUAUGGGCAGAUAAUUUCUUGAAACAAAAAUAUUGGCAUGGGAAAGAAAUUUAGAUUUGGUUGUUCAAACUGUUACUAUGCUAAAAUAUCUAUAUUUUAGUCAUUUUACUACAUUUGUAUGCCUACGGAAAUGCUACUUGGAUCCUUCCUAAUAGUGUAGUCUCAAAUAUAAUUUGAAAUGAAUUAAUUUGAAUAAUAUGACCAAAACCUCCUUUACAAUUUUUCAUGCGGUUAAUGGGAUUUUUGCCAGUGUUGUAUCGGACCCUUAGAACCUCAUUACAGGUGCUACGAAAAAAACGCAUUUGUGGGUGAAGCAUGGAUCAGUUAUCUGACUGUAUUAAGCUUUGGUUUUGGAUGAACCACUCCAGCUUUGGGUCAUUACUGGAAUGAUCGAAGUGAGCAGAAGGCGCCUAGUCACCCCUGUCCUCAUCAGUGGAACUUACUACAACUUUUGUAAAAUAGAUGUAUAACAUGUAAUAAGAACUCAUGAUACUGGGUGUAUAUUUGGCAAAUUUACCAUUAUUAAUAAAAUACGUAAAAACUUA